UUGAGAAGUCCUUUUUACAGACAUUACCCUUCAGCUGCGCAAUGUCAGCAGCUUCGCAACUUUGGAGGUGGCUCCUGUGCGCCUGGAUCGUGGUGCAGGUGCCUGAGGUCCUGGCUCAGCAGCAUGGAGGAGAUGACCAUCCCGUUCGGGACGUCAUUGGUGCAAUUGCUUCGCACUUCUUGCACACGGAGAAGGAGGGAAAACCUCCGCAACGAGAUGUGGGCAUUGCAUGCAUGCUUCUGGGCUCGGUUGCAUUUGUGAUGCUUCUUUUUUAUGUCGUGAACUGGCGAGAUGACGACAUCCGGUUGUAUGCAUGGACCAUCAUUAGCACCACCCUUUCAAUUUUCACAGCAGUCCUUGCUUUCUCUGGAGUUCGGGUUUUGUGUGAGAUGUGGAUGCCAGAGGAGAUUUCAUCACACUUUGAAUGUGCACGUGGCUAUGCUCUCUUCAUUGUUUGCUUCGCCAUGCUGCAACUGGAAGCGAAACUGGCUUCCGGCGCCUACUGUGACUGCUGCUGUCCAACGGACUUGUCAGAAGAGACGUGGGUGGUCGCUGAUGCCAUCCGUGCAGACCACGGCUACGAGGUGGACGAAUCGCAGGUGCGAACAAAAACUGGUCACAGGAGUAUCGCCUGGAUAGAAGGUGUGGAGGUUUUUGUGGAGAAGAGGAAGCUGAACCUGGAAACCACGACGAUGAAUUUGAGCGCAUGGACACAGCUUUUGGCACACUUUUGUGGCUUCGCAGCAAUUGAAGCUGGUGGUGCCUUGCAACAUAUGGAUUGGUUUGUGGAGGGGCCGCAGCUCAUGACCAAGGGUCCUUCCGUACCCCAGCAUUUGAGUUCUUCACGAAACAGGACCACAGCCUUCAUUGCAGUAAUCAUCAACCAGGUCAGUGUGGGCAUCCUCUUCCGGCUGAUGGAUCUAUUUCGGCUGUACACCAUCACCGACGAGACUGAUGAGCGUGUUGUCCUGCUCAACGAGGAAAUCAAAGAGGCUGAGAAUGACAUCGUCAGUUUGGCAAGCUCCUUCCUCAUGGUGCAGGUCUUCCGCUACGGCUUUACAGGCCACAUGCCAAAUUCAGAAGGCCACCAGGAGCCCUACAUUCCUGUUGGUUCGACUGCCCUUUUCUUGCUCUUCAUUGUUGGAUGCAUUUCCUUGGUGGUUUCAGUGCUGAUGUCGUGUAUUCCAGAACUCCCAGCUUUGGGGCAAUGGCUGUUGGAGAAGUUUCAAAACAUCAUGGGGAUGAUCUUUGCCUGGUGUACGCUUUGGAGCGUCGGCGGCUUUGUUCGUGAGACGGAAGCCUUCGAGAAGAUCUUGCAUACCGAGCUCUACCCGAACGAGCGGCAUUUGGUUUCUGCCUUGGUCCUGUCAAUAUGCAGUUUAAUGGUGAUAAGAUUGUUGGACUUCAUCCAAGAUAUGGGAGCUUCGUCCCCUAGAAUUCUUCAGAGCAUGAUCAACGUCUUCUCCGUUCUGAUUGGACUUUCGUGGGAGAUGUGCUUCGAGAGCGGCCUAACAGAGCUCGCAGAGGAGACUUCGGAUCCAGAAAGGAUGAAGCUGAUAUUUACUGCUGGUGCAAUAGCCAUCGUUGUACCAGCCUGGAGGCUGUAUGUUGUGAAGCGUGUUGUGGACUUGAAGAACAAGGCCAAGGAACGCCUUGACGCAAAGAAGAAGUUGAUGAAUGGUGAAGAUCCCGCAUACAUGCAGAUGUUGUGGAGGGCACCGCAGACGGAUCAGGAAAGGUUGCUCGCCGAGCAAGCGCAGGAGCAGUCGGCAAAACCGUACCGGUCAUCUGGGUGUGGAAACCUUUUCGGAAUUUGAUCGGCAGCAUCGGCCAAGCACUCGCUCGUUUGGCGAGAAGACGGGCUUGACCUUGGCGAAAGACAUGGUCUGACGGCGGCUUUGCCGCUGAGUCUUGGGCCGAGAGAAUCUCGACGAAGACAUUUGUCCCAGUCACAUGGCUUUUGCACGGAACCUGCUGUCCGACAGCUGCCCCAAUCGGCACGAUCUCGUCACAGCGCCGCAGGCAGAUUGAGGGUAGUCCAAAAACCUAAGUAUGUCGUUGGUAUGACGUGCAUGAAUCUCUUGUG